AGGGUGCAAGCAUCACGUUCCCUUGCCGGUGCUGAAGUUUUUCUUUGGCGAACCUGAGCAAUGCAGAGUGCCACGCUUCGUCAUCGGCUUCGCAUUCGGCCUCUUCAUGGGUUACUUCUUCUACUGGGGCAUCGUGCGUGAGCUGUUCACCACGCAGCUGACGCUUCGCUGCAUGGGCACCACCGUCAUUCUGCUCACCGGUGCCGGCUAUGCGCUCUCGGCCAGGGCCCGUGCUAUCGCCUGGCUGCUCGUACCGUUCCUCUGUGGUCGAGCCGGUCGAUCAGCUCUGGUAACUGCGAGCGUCUCGCUAAUUCUUCGAGGUCCAAUCGAGAGCAUGAUGAUUAACAGCAAAGUGGCUGUGGAUUCGUUCAUGUGCCUCGGUGCCCUGUCGUACAACCACACCAAGGAACGUCUUCUGCUGAUGUACAAGCCCAUAAAGCGGAUCAUCUGGGACUUCGACGAGCAGGCGAAAGUGAUCCAUAAUGAAACCUCAGCCAUCGACCAAGAGGUCAAACCAAUAGAAAAAGAGGUGUCCGGCGACGACCGCGAGGCAAAAGCACUCGAGGCGGACGCCGAGUACGUGGACAAAGUUUCCGACAAUGACCCACGUUCGAAGCUGGUGAGAGAGAAGUACGAAGAGCUUAAGAAGGAGCUGGAAAGCGAUGGCGAAAUUGAGGCCGACUACGCCAAGAAGCUCGAGCUGCGAUGCGAAGGCAUUUUCUCGCAAGGAGUCAGGGCCUGCCGGAACGCGUUUAAGUCUGCCGAGGCACGCUGUUUCGAGGCGCUGUCAAUACUGGGUUACUUGCUGUGCUGGCCGAUGAAGCUAACAAUCCUGUGUCACGUUGUCAGCACUUUUCUAGGGAAAAGAACCUGCGACGGCUUGCAACCCAUAAAUGCCGGAUUUGGCCAGAGUAUCUCCGCCAUGGAAGCCGUCAAGCGAGAAUUCGAUGCCAACUUUAGGGUCAACGUGCAGUACAAGCUCAUAACUCCCGAGGACGCAAUCAACGUCAUCAGCCCGGAAGACCUGGCCAAAGGCGUGCAGGCGGAGUUCGAAAAUCGCCACAGGAUCAUUCCUCUCAUCUCGAUUGCACUGAGUCGACUCUUCGCCGUCGUUCUGCUCUCCGCUGUUCUGGAGGCAAAAGAAUACGUUGAAAAGUACCUGGAUGACCUGGCCUUUGACAACAUCUACGUUACCGAGUAUUUCUGCAAGAUCGACGAGAGGCGAGCACGAAAGGGUUUGGACACACUACUGCCACUCAAGCGAUACGAAGCCAUAGACAUAUACGACCCACUGGAGUUCCGUUUCUCACGCAAGGAAACAACAAUAGUGAUGCGUGGGGUCGCCUCCAACCUUGUGCACGUGGCCUUCGGCAGCAUCGUUCUCGGCCUGGAUUACCUAAUCUACGACGUCUUGGAUAUAAUACGUCGCAACGCCGACGUCGAGUUCAUUCAGGAAGGCUAUCACCGCAUCGCCCUGCAAGUCUUCGGCACGGGCGCCGUGAGUAACCUGGUGCGCAAGAUCUUCAAGGACUUCGAUGUCGAGGAGAAGCUUGAGCGUAUCGCCAGCAACGCACACUGCCUACCCAGUCCGGUCAGAACAUCGCGCUGGCUCACCCUGCAACUCUACCUUGUCUACGGUGCCCUCAUUGGGCUGGUGUUCGCGCAGCUGUUCACCACGAGGAUGAGGAGGGCCGUGUGUGCCUACUUCUUUGCAAAGCGAGAGAAGAAGCGUGUUCUGCACCUGUACAACAAAACAUUGAAGCACAGGGCAGGCUACCUGCGGUACGUGCGCCACCGCAUCAGGAAGCUCGUUCGAGACAGGGAGUUUGACCUCGACGUGGGGUGGUUCGAGUUCGUGCGCAAGAUGGCGCCACGCGCAUACCGAUUGCUUCAGCUGCUGGGCGUCGCUCAUCAGCGCUGCUGCCUGGUGUGCGGUGACCCCGAGGACUCUGCCUCGUACGUGUGCCCCACCGAGGUUUGCCAGUGCAUCUACUGCUUUCCUUGCUGGAGCGAGAUAGGGAGAUGCUACGCCUGUGAGCCCUCAGAAGACGAAGAAUCGCCGCUAUCGGACGAGAGUCCGCCGUUUCUUCGCUGAACGAAACAGCCGGCCUUUGAUUUAUACGUUGUCGUGAUGACCUUAUGUUAUGUCAUGUUUUAUACGGCUAAAUUUAUAGCAGUUUACUCUAAGGAAAUUGUUUAUAAACACUACUGUUUUCCUGGCAUGUAGUGGCCUGGAUCACUGGGAAUUGAGAAGCGAUCAGCAUAAAAAAAAAAAAGAAAACGUGGGCAGCUUGUACUAGUGGUGCAAGGCUGGAGUAAACAGCGCAGCUGGUGAUCGACCUAGCUACUUCCAAGUUUUACUAGGCUUAGCUAAGUUUUGCUAGGAAAUGCUAAGUGCUACAAGGCACGGUAUUUCGAAUAGGCUCGCCGCCGAUGCGCAGAUUCUCACUUGGCCGUGCGACGCGCUUCAAGAUAAGUAGGUUCUUCUUCUGGUGUCCGGACCUAGCUUGGUCGUCCCAUGUCAAGGAUACAUGUAGUCGCCACAGAGUCGACGACAGUUCUGCCGCCGUCGCAGCGGCUCCAAGCUUUAUCUCCACGGUGACAUCACGGCCAAGCUGCGCCUCUGCAGUAGCCGGGGCGUGGCUGCAGUCGGAACCUGCCGAGCCGCCGCCAGAGGUGCCUGCUGCA